AUGACAGACUCUGAAGGACCUAAGGAGCGUGUGUUGAGAAGGCUUGAAACAGACAUUACUUCUGCUGACGUUCGCUGGAGUUUGUUUAUUUCAGCAUUAGAAAGCUACAGACAUGACAGUAUAUUGCGACCAUUUCCUUCUGCAUAUAUAGAAGAUGAUGGGAACAAGAAUUUUCAGGUUCUGGUGAGUGCUUGACAAAAAGAAUUUUUUUUAAACAAAAAAUGCUAGUUAGCUGAGGGCCAUUCCAUUUUAUGUCCAUACCCACCUUGACAUGAUUUUCUUUAAAACUUUUGAUUUUUGAUUAUGUAAGUCCCCCUCCAAACCUCCAAGAAUAAAAGGGCAAAAAAUGAAGAAUUCAGGAUAUAUCUGUCCAUUUUGGGAGAAACAAACAACCUGUCCAAGGAUCACCAUGUUUAUUUAUUUUUUUCCUAUUUUUCAAGAUUCAGAUUUGUAGCACAGUUCCUUCGUUUGACAAGUUGGUGAGAGGUAAUCAAACUAUUAUUUCUCAGGAAGCUUGGGAACUAUUGGAUUGGUCACUGGACAGAACAUUUACUCUGAAAACAGUUGACAAAUCUAAGGUAUUUGAACUUCCAUUCCAAUGUAAAGCUGUAUGGAGACAAGCAAACAGUAGUUACUUUUCUCUGAAUGUUGGUCUUUGCAAGUUGCAAAGGGAUGUCAUGAUAUUUCCACCCAAAAACCAUAGCUUCACAAAAUAAAGUGGUCCUUGCGAGGUGCAAGACAACAGGGUGAUGUUCUUACUUGAAGAGCAUGAGCCUCAUAUGCCCAUAGUCUCACUCUCUACAUUUUUCACUCUAACUACAAUGACUUUAUUCUUUGGGUUCCUGCAUGCUCAUAGGCUAUGACCAAUGUAAAAUUACGCGUUCUUUGAAGCCUAAAAAUGUAAAAUAUCUGUUGUGGUUCAAUUUUAUCCUUGGUUCAAAUUUUAUUUCCCUUUGUUUUUGGGUAUGGUAAUGUAUGAUAAUGACUUUGAAACAAAAGAAAAUAAAAUUUAAACCAAGGAUAAAUUUGAACCACAACAUACCCAUAUGCAUCUUCUACCUCCCACCCAUGAAAGGACUGUAAAAAUUGCGGCUCUGAGGGAAGGGGAAGGGAAGCCUCUAACCACCACAAACCCCCAAGCUAAGGUACAGGAAACACUCCCAUAUAAGAUCCUGUGGAUUUAAGAACCUCCAGGCAGAAAUUUGCCACUUUAAUACCCAAAAGCAGGUUCUUAUAUGUGGGUUGCAGUUAAAUAAUAAUAAUACAGUUUAACCAAGGAGUGUAUAAGACAGUAUAACAUGAAGAACAUACUAUACCAAACUGUAACUGUAUUAAUCCGAACAACAAAAGUAAGUUUUUAUAAAGAACAGACUGUAAUUUAUUAUUGUCUUCAUGGACAAGGGGUAUAUUUUUAAAGGACCAAAUCCAAGUUUAUUUGUUUUUCUGGUAAUCAAUAAUCUGUCAUAGAAAUAAAGAACCAAUUUGGUAGACUUAAAAAAAAAGUAGGUUCUUUUUGCGGGUGUUAACUGUUGGCAGUGAACUGUCCUGAAACGCACCUCCUUACAAACUGGUCACAUAAAACUCUGUCCGGCAUACAUCCCACCAGCCUUUAAGAUAUUUUUUCUUGUAAUAUUUAUGCUUUAGUUCUCCGAGAUAGAGCAGAAGACUGGUCAGGCAAGUUACAGUUCCACAGAACCUGAUUACAUAUUUGAAGUUGAGUACAGUGAGACAAAUACUCACAGCACAAAGUUUGAUGAAUUAUCACAGUCCUGUGAUGUUUGGUAUGCUUACCAUGGCAGCAGAGUGGACAAUUUUCAUUCCAUUGUACACAAUGGAUUGCAUGCACAUUUAAACAAGGUAAGUCUUCGCGUGUUUUUGUGUAGUUCUUUUAGCUUACAUCUGGAGAAAUGAUGCUCUUGCAAUAAUAAAGCAUACAAGUCCUUGGAAGAAACAACCACCAUGUCAAACAUACAUUUUCACUCCACACCAACUACUUUGUUAAAAACUUUGUUACAGAAUGUAGUUAUUCCUAUGGCCAAAUUAAGAGCCAUUGUUGUAAUUUAUUUUUGAGCAAGAGUGAAGACAAAUAAAGAUCGUUGUAGUUGUUGUUGUUAAAGAGAAUUAAUCCCACCAAAGUGUUCUCCUUAUCAGGCGGUAACCGGUAAAAUUUACGGCCUGAAGCAACACUUCUUACCACCUGCAACUGCUUGAAGGUUUACUAAAAGUAAAUAAAUUGCUUUAAAAAAUACUCAAGUUAUGAUCUGAUCCAAUUUCCCCGAGGAAGUGAAUGAAUAUAUGGAAAAGUACUAAAGUAUACACUGGCAGCUUUUCUUUUUAUAUGGGCCUCGCAUUUUGGAAAGAGAACAUAAAAGACAGAGUAAAGUUAUUAGAACCAAACGUUUUAAAUAACUGUUGUCUAAAAAUAACUUCAGCCAAUUUGCGUAAAAUAGGUCUUAAAAUGAAAGAAUGAGAGAACUUAGCUCCUAAAUUUCCCAGUGAGGGUGGGUGCACUAACCCCUCCCCCCGGAAAAGUACACCUCUGGCCCUAGUUGUUCAAAAAUCACUAUCCAGUGGAUAAGUUUUAGGAAAACCAAUAAUAUUGCGCUAUCCCGUGGAUAGAGAUUUAUCCACUGGAUAGUGUUAUCCACCUUUUGAACAACUGUGGCCUGGUGCAUAUUUUUUGCCUUACCGGCCAUGAUUAGGGAUGGCGAAUGGUACCUCGAAAAAUGUGGGUCUCGGAAAAUUUUGGCAGAAUCUCGAAAUCUUGGAAGCGUUUUUGACAAGUCUCGAAAUCUCAUUUUUGCAUGGUUUGUUUUUACUUUUUUCGAGUCUCAAAACUUUUUACCAAAGAGUCUCGGGCUCGGAUUUCUAACUAGGAUCUCGGCGUCUCAAUGAGUCUCGGAUUUUACCAUUCGCUACCCCUAUGAUUGGUUCCUUACCUGCUGAGCUAAAAUGUAGGCAGAACACUGUAUUUCCCAGUCAUCUGGCAAGUGCCAUCCCAGAGGUCACUGCAUAGGCACCGCUAGAGUAGACCUGGACUGGCUCGCUUAAGCAGCUGCCAAUUAUCUUUUUUUAAUAACCUUAGACAGUGGUUGUUUACCAUUUACAAAAAAGUUCCAGAAAAUCCAGUUGGAAAGAACAUGUAAAUGAAACAAGACUUUUGGGUUGUUUCAGUGGAAAUUUCCAGGAGCAACUGAACAUCUGAACAGGUAGUCCUGUUUUCUUGGUCGCAAUGCUCCAAACAGACAUUUGAGUUCUAUUUCUUUAAAGCCAUCUAUGAUACCAGUUUCAGGCUUUAGUGGCCAUUUUAUGGUAAAUGGAACUGAUUUAUAGUGCAAAUGAUAAAGGUGAUUCCGGGUUAAAAUUAACCAGUCCUGAAUUUUGCUUACCAUUUACUUAACACCUGAACAGAUCAGUUUGCCCAAGCAUGUAAAUGGUAAACAACCAGUGACAAUACCUUAAUUUCUCUCUUCAUAUAGACAUCGUUCUUUGGCGAAGGAACCUACCUUUCAAGUGACCUUGCUGUAUGCAUGAUGUAUAGUAACUAUGGACAAGGGUGGAAGAACAGUGCAAUUGGAGACAAAAUCAGCUGUGUUGCAGUCUGUGAGAUCUUGGACCACCCAGAUGUCAAAUGCACAGUCAAGUCAAAAGAUAGUAAUGAGAGACAAAACCGUUCACGAGCCCGAGCAAGAAACAGUGAGGGAGGGGAUGUUCCUGAGAAAUAUUAUGUGGUCACAAAUAACCAGGUGGUCAGAGUCAAAUAUGUGUUGGUAUAUGCUGAGAAGAAAACUCCAGCUAGGUAUGUUCAGUAAGCCCCAAUGUCCACAUACAAAUUCUCCAGACCGACCUCAAUACAUUUCCUUGUAAGAAUUAGUCAAGAGAAUUUGACAAAAAAAUCAAAGCAUUUUCCCUUCAGAGAUCAUUUUGAUAACUCUCCUAACCUUUUCUCUUAAUGAUAAAUUGACACUGUUGGGAGAAAGUAGAUGUUGGUGACUCUUGGGGCUUAAAGGGUUAACUAUGAACUACAUGUACUGUAUUUGUUAGCCAGAAAUGUUCAGAGCCAACUGUAUCUAAUCUACCCCAUUACUAUGGCCACUGGCCAAUUUUUGGCCAUGUCCCCAAACCUUAAUUUCUUCACCAUUUACCUUUUUAAGAACAUCAGUUGAAUUCUUGGUUAAAGCAAUCAAGCUUCAUCUUUGAAAGUCCUUCCAAGUUUACUGAGUAGUCAAUGAUGUGUGUGACAAAUAUUUUCUGGAUCUAGUAUAGGGAGAAGUCAGAAUUAAACUGUAUUUGUCAUCACAUAGUUCAAAAAUUAGUCAAGUAUAUGAACAUCACACAUGACACUAUGCUUUUAACAUGACCAGAUUUUCACUGCCAAAGCUGGCCUGACCAGAGUCUUUGUAGAACUACAUUAACACUCAAAAAAUGUAUGAUAAUUUAUAGCAUUAAAAGUGCUAACAAUAUUUCUUUGUUUCCUUCUAGGGCUCAAGGUCAUAACUGGCUUAUAUUCAGAUAUCCAAUAGCAUCUAUGAUGCUUGCUUAUAUCUUCAUUUUAAUCCUUCUCGGUUUGUCGAGAACUAGACUUUUCCAAAAGCUUUAUGGCAAAUAUUUUAAAGGCAGUUAG